AGCCACUGCGGUGCAGUAGGAGACGCCCCCGUGUGUGGGGUUCAGAAGAGGAGCGUAUUGUGGGCGACGUGAGGGAGGGGUCAAGGCGACCUCGACACCUUCCUGGAUAGACGUAGCACGAUGGGCAACUGGUUGGUACUCGCACACCAGGAGGACGAAAGGCCGGUUUCUGUUGCCCUACGCUACCUCCCAGGUCAUGCAAUCGUAAAUAAGCGGCACGACUCGCCAUUGAGCCUCAGAAUCACUCUCGUGCAUAUAUAGCGUCGUUGUUGAAACAAACUCUCGCAAACAACUAGCACACAUCCUGGUGGCUUCGGCAUCGUCAAAACACGGACGAAAGACAAAAUGGCCUCAUCGACGACGCCCAUGAAAGUGGUGGACAUCCACACCCACAUGUACCCUCCAUCAUACAUCAAGAUUCUCGAAUCUCGAACCACCAUUCCCGUCGUGCGCAGCUUCCCGCAAACACCGGACCCGCGCCUCAUCCUCCUCGCCUCGGAGGAGCAAGCUCUCGAUGAAGCCACCAAGGACCCCUCGGCGAAGCCUCCCGGCCGGCCGCUGACUUCGCAUUACGCCUCCCUCGACCAGAAGGUGCACUUCAUGGACACGCACAAGAUCGACAUCUCGGUCGUCUCCCUGGCGAACCCCUGGCUCGACUUCAUCGACGGCUCCGAGUCGGGAGCCAUGGCCAAGGGCGUCAACGACGAGUUUGAUGCCAUGUGCGCCACACACCCGGGCCGCCUCUUCUUCUUCGCCACACUGCCCUUGACUGCGCCGCUCGAGACUGUUCUCGCCGCCAUUGACCACGUCAAGGGCCUCAAGUACUGUCGCGGCAUCAUCCUCGGCACUUCGGGACUGGGCAAGGGCCUCGACGACCCGAACCUGCUGCCCAUCUUCAAGGCCGUAGCCGCUGCUCACCUGACCAUCUUCCUGCACCCGCAUUACGGGUUGCCCAACGACGUCUGGGGCCCCAGAGCGAGCAACGAGUACGGCCACGUGCUACCUCUAGCCUUGGGUUUCCCAAUGGAGACCACCAUCGCCGUUGCGCGCAUGUACUUGGCCGGCGUCUUCGACGCAGUGCCCCAGCUGCGCAUGCUCCUGGCGCACAGUGGCGGUACGCUGCCCUUCCUCGCCGGACGCAUCGAGAGCUGCGUCAUGCACGACGGGCAGUGGGUGCGCGAGGGUAAGGUCACCAAGGAACGCAGGACGGUGUGGGAUGUGCUCAAGGAGCAGAUCUACCUCGACGCUGUCAUCUACUCUGAAGUCGGGUUGAAAGCGGCCAUCGAGGCGAGUGGAGCGGACAGACUCAUGUUCGGCACAGACCACCCCUUCUUCCCGCCGCUGACUACCGACGAGCAGGGUGAGUGGGAGAGCGUGAGCAUGAACGCCGAUGCUGUGGCUGCGGCGGUGGGUGAGGGGAGUGACCAGGCGAAGGCCAUCAUGGGCGGCAACGCGAUCAACAUUUUGAAUUUGAAGGUGGAUUGAGCAACCAAGUAUGGCAAAAUGUGGAAUUGGAAUCAGUCAUGGACGAAUCUCAUUGCAAUGAGAAGGCUCAGAAGCUCACAUGAAAAUACGCAGUACUGAGUGAAGUGAGAAGUCCUGACCGCUUUCUUUUUUAAGAUGGAAACGGUGGGCCUGGAUGAUACCGCCUACCCCUUCCACGUUCCACGCCAGGUUUCUGCCGGCAGUAGCGGAAAAUAUGGCUGCUGGCCCCGCGAUGUACCUUCAUAACCCGUCUCAACCAACACGACC